AUGGCAUUAACUCCAGAGGUUUUAUGGGCUCAGAGAUCAAGCGACUCGGAUAAAGAUAAAAACUACCUUUUGGUAACACUACUUAUCCCAGAUUGUGAACAACCACAUUUAGAUCUGGAUGCCACGCAUUUGGAAUUCACAGCCAAAUCUCCAGGACACGUUGGAGAUGAACACGAACACAAAUAUCAUCUUCGCAUAGAUUUCUACAAGGAAAUCGACCCUGAGAGCUCUCUUCACAAAGUCGCCAACGGCAGAGAUUAUUUCUUGAAGCUGUACAAGAAGGAUUUAGACGCAGAGUAUUGGCCUCGUUUGACGAAGGAGAAGUUGAAGUACCACUUCAUAAAGACCGAUUUCGAUAAGUGGGUCGAUGAGGAUGAACAAGAAGAACACGUAGAUGAGGACUUCGGUUUUGGAGGCGAGGGACAAGGUUUCCCCGGUGGAGGCCAAGCUGCUGCGCUACAAGAAAUGCUCAAGGGCCAAGGUAUGGGCGGCAUGGGCGGCAUGGGCGGUAUGGACGGUGCCGAUCAAGCUGCUGCGUUACAAGAAAUGCUCAAGGGCCAAGGUAUGGGCGGCAUGGGCGACAUGGGCGGUAUGGGCGGCGCUGAUCAAGCUGCUGCUUUGCAAGAGCUGCUCAAAAAUAGUGGCCAGGGCCUCGAAGGUUUGGAUGAGCUAGAGGAAGAGCACGAUCUCGAUGAAGAGCUGGCCGAAGAGGAAAAAGCACCUGAAAGUACAUAG